AAGAGAUGGAGGAGGAAGUGCAAUGUCUGUUAUGACCCAGCCUUGGUGGUCCCACUCCAUCAUUUCUGCCGUAUCUGCUGGUUACACAGGGACUGGAUAUAACACCCGAGUCCCCCAGGGAAGAACUUCUCCAGGCUUCUCAUCGUGGGUGAACAGCCCCAGAGGACCAGCUGAGCCCGUGAGUCUCAGAUGCCACUCCGCAGAGCCAGGCCAGCGUCAGAGACAGUGUCCCUGGGGUCUGGCCCAUCGCCCACUAGCCCCAUGGCCACCAAAGAGCCACCGCUGGCCAGGCUGUGCGCCCGGGUGGACUUGUGUUUGGGCUGCUCCCGCUGCACCCAGCGCCUCAAUGAGAGCACCUACCUCCUACGCGGGGUGGAGCAUAGCUGCCCCCGCGAGAUCCUGCUGGCCCGCUUCAAGCGAGCCACCAAGAGCAGGGUCUGGCGCAAGGUGGACCGCCGGCCCAGCUUCCCACGGCCCGCGCGCUAUGCAGUGUGCCGCUACUACAGCCCGGGGCUCGGCUGCCGGCGCCACCACAACCAGUGCACCUUUGCCCGGAGCCCCGAGGAGGCGCUGGUCUGGACCUUCGAGCGAGAGCACAACCUGCACCGUCUGUGGCUGAAGGCCGCGGUGCAGGGUGACGGGGCCCAGAGCGAGCUGCGCGACCCGGCUGAUGCCAUCCGCGCUGAGUUUGGCGGCCAUUUCCAGCUGCUCUGCUCCCACUGCUUCAGACGCUGCCCCCCGCGCCUCUGCCCUGUGGACCCCCAGGGGCGGUGCCCCAAGCAUGGAGCCUGCCCCUCGCUCUUGGCCCAUGUGAGCAGCGAGGGCUGCCACAAGCAGCAGGUCGUGGAGGUGCGGCCGCAGCCGCAGUACGGUCAGCCACUGGCCUACUGCAUGUUCGUGGGGCGCGGCCGGCCAUGCCGGCACGGGGCGUCCCGCUGCCAGUAUGCUCACAGUGCCGUGGAGAUGGCCGUGUGGGAGGCCGAGCAGCUGAGUGGGCUCCAGCGGGCGAACCUGCUCACGCCCCCUGCCCCGACAGGGCACAGACGCACAGCCCCCCAGGGCCAGCCCCCUAGAGACCAGCUGUACUGCCACGUCUGCCUGCUCACCUGCCACUCCCAGGAGGCCUUUGAGAACCACUGCUCAUCCCUGGAGCACGCGCAGAUGGUGGCCUCGGACCAGGCCACACCCUGGGAGCACCGCAGCCCACCCACUGGGCUCUCCACGUUUGAGCUCUGCCCAAGGCCCGAUCUCUGUGAGUAUGGGGUUGUCUGCACCAAGGCGCAUUCAGAGCAGGAGCUGCAGGAGUGGGUGUCACGGGCACGGACCGUGAAGCUGCGGGAGCGGGCGGCCUGGCAGGAGGGGCUGGUGCCCUACCAAGUGCGGCUGCUGGAGGAGUAUCAGAGUAGCAGCAAUGAGAUCCUGGUGCUGGCCGAGACCAUCGAUGGCGUGUCCAUCACUUGCAACCAGCCCCUGCUGCAUCAGGCACAGGAGAAGAAAACUCAGCACAACUGGAUGUUCACCAUCCACUCUGAGGAGCCGCUGCUCCACGUGGCCCUGCUCAAGCAGGAGCCUGGAGCAGACUUCUCGCUGGAGGCCCCCCGCCUCCCCCCAGGCCGACUCUACGCGCAGGGGGAGCGCUUCUGUGUGCCCGGCUCCCCAGCUGAGUUCCACGUGGGGGUGCGAGUGCAGAGCUCCUCCUUUGGCACCUUCGAGCAGUGGGUGGUCUUUGACUUUGGCCACCGGCCGGCACUGCUGCGAAAGCUGGGACUGCAGCUGGGCCAGGCGCACUGCCCGGGGCUCCGAGGGACGCCAGUUCCCGGCCACCCCGUGGAGCUGGAGCGCUGGCACCCUGGCAACCGCCAUGUGGUGCCCAGCGUGGCUCGGACGGCGGAGCAGGCAGCCCUGAUGGCCAGGUACAAGGUGCCCGCCCUGGCCCUGGACUUCAGUCGCAGUGGCCUGGCCUCAGGCCCCAUCUCCUGCACCAACUACCGGCAGAGGAUGCACCAGUUUCUCUAUGAGGAGGAGGCCGCUCAGCAACAGCUGGUGGCCAAGCUGAACCUUCAGGUCCCAGUGUCCCUGAAGACGGCACUGCAGACACCAGCCCUGGGCAUGCUCUUCCCGCCACCAGGAGCCCUCUAUGCCGAGGUCCCCAUCCCCUCUUCCCUUACACCAGACACAGACCAGGGCUUUCUGCUGGGCCGGGCAGUCAGCACGGCCCUUGUGGCCCCCGUGCCCGCGCCUGACCACACAGUGUUCGAGGUGCGGCUGGAGACCCGGGCCAGCUCAGAGCAGGCGCUGUGGCUGCUGCUGCCCGCCCACUGCUGCACGGCCCUGGGGCUGCAGCCUGAGGCCAGCCCGGUCCUGGAGGUGCAGUUCCAGAUCGACCCGCUGACCUUCCGCCUAUGGCACCAGGCAGUGGACGCACUGCCUGAGGAGCGCCUCGUGGUGCCUGACCUGCUGGCCUGCACCCUGCCCCACCCUUGGCCCACCCCACCUGCCCUGCACGGCAACCGCAAGCAGAGGCUGGCCGUGGAGUUCAUCGCAGGCAGCAGCCCUGGAGGCGCACAGCCCAUCGCUCCGCUGCUCAUCUAUGGCCCCUUUGGCACGGGCAAGACCUACACGCUGGCCAUGGCCUCCCUGGAGGUCAUCCGGCAGCCCCACACCAAGGUCCUCAUCUGCACGCACACCAACAGCGCGGCCGACAUCUACAUUGAGGAGCAUUUCCACGGCUACGUCAGCAGUGGCCACCCGGAGGCCGCUCCGCUCCGGGUGAUGUACACGGACCGCCCGCCGAGCCAGACAGAUGCAGCCACGCUGCAGUACUGCUGCCUGACCGAGGACCGCCGGGCCUUCCGCCUGCCGACUUGGGCAGAGCUGGAGCAGCACCGCAUCGUGAUCACCACCACCUCCCAGGCCCGUGAGCUCAGGGUGCCUGCCGGCUUCUUCUCGCACAUCCUCAUUGACGAGGCUGCCCAGAUGCUGGAGUGCGAGGCGCUUACCCCGCUGCGCUACGCCUCGCUUAGCACCCGCGUGGUGCUGGCGGGGGACCACAUGCAGGUCACACCCAGACUCUUCAGUGUGGCCAGGGCCCAGGCAGCCGGGUGCACGCUGCUGCACCGCCUCUUCCAGCACUACCAGCAGCAGACGCACGAGGUCGCCCAGCGGAGCCGCGUCGUCUUCCACGAGAACUACCGCUCCACUGAGGCCAUCAUCAGCUUCGUCUCGCGCCACUUCUACGUGGCCAAGGGCAACCCCAUCCGCGCCAGCGGCAAGGUCCCUCGCCACCCCCGGCACUAUCCGCUCGUGUUCUGCCACGUGGCGGGCAACCCCGAGCGCGACAUGUCGAUGACGUCCUGGCUUAACGUGGCCGAGGUCGCCCAGGUUAUUGAGAAGGUGCAGGAGGUCUAUGACACCUGGCCCCACUGCUGGGGCAGCCGGGAGCAGAAGCACAUCUGCGCCGUGUCCCACGGUGCCCAGGUGAGCGCGCUGAGGCAGGAGCUGAGGAAGAGGGGCCUGGCCCAGGUGUCUGUGGGCAGCUUUGAGAUCCUACCAGGCCGGGAGUUCCGGGUGGUGGUGCUGAGCACCGUGCACAACCACAGCAGCCUGCGGGGCCCCGGGGCGCCCGCCCUGGAGUUCUUCACGGACGCCCGUGUGCUCAACACUGUCAUGACCCGAGCCCAGUCCCAGGUGGUGGCCGUGGGCGACGCCAUGGCCCUCUGCUCCUUCGGGGCCUGCAGCAAGCUCUGGAAGAGCUUCAUCCGCGAGUGUGUGGAGCAUCGCAGCGUCUGCCCCGAGAACCUGUCGCUGGAGCAGAUCAAGCAGGGCGUGGUCCAGAGGCAGCGCUGGCCCCUCCAAGCAGGGAGACCAGUGGCGGUGGGGGCUGCAGACACUGUCCUGGAGCAGGGGGCAGCAGGGGCCCCAGCCACACAGCACACGGCCGUGGCGAAGGUUGAGCCAGGGGCUGUGGCUGAGGGGGGUGCGUCCCGGUCCAGGGCCUCAGCGGCAGAGGACGCGGCCACACAGAAGGCAGAGGCUGGGGACGCAGCAUCAGAGUCUGCAGCUAGGGGGCACCCAGCAGCAAAGGAGGCAGCCGCCGCGCACACGGAGGCAGGGGACACUGCAUCCGCAGGGAACUCGGCGAGGGGGGACGUGGCCUCCGGGGAUGCCACCGCAAGCGGGGAGACCGAGGACCCUGAGGACUCCGAGUCUGACUUCUGGCCUUCCGACGGGGAGCUCAACGCCGAUGACUCCAUCCUGCAGGAGCUCCUGGACGAGAGCCGGAACGUGACGGUGACCGUGCGGGAGGAUGGGCUGCUGGACACCAUCCCCAGUCCCGCGUCCCCACACCAGGCCCGGCAGUACGUGAACCUGCCCCGGGCCACGCUGCGGAAGCUGCUCCGCACGGAGCCUGAGCUGUACCGCCGCUGCGCCUUCACGCUGGAGACCUUUGAUCGGGCGACGGCCGUGCCGCUGGAUGGCGCGGGCCUUGGCCCCAUCCAGGUCAGGGGCCGCCUGCACUGCGGGAUGGCCUUCACCGGGGACGAGGUGCUGGUGAAGGUCCUUGGCGGGGCUGCCGGUGACAGGGGCCCCGCGGGGCGGCUGCAGGGCCGUGUGGUGGGCGUGCUCAAGAGGAGGCGCAGCGAGCUGGUGUUUGUGUGCCGCAUGGACGAGUGGGACCCCCGCAUCAUGACCCCCAUCGACAGCUCUGUGACCAAGAUCUUCGUGGCUGAGCUGAAGGACCCGCUGCAGGUGCCCGUCCACCGCCUUGUGCAGGGCCACGUGCAGCGGGUGGGGUACGAGCGGCUCACGGCCAAAGCCCGGCGCAACCGGCUCUUCCGCGUGCGCAUCGUCCUGUGGCGGGAGCGCUUCUAUUAUCCGCUUGGCAUCGUCCUGGAGGUGCUGCCCGAGGCCGACACCUGGGAGCGGGGCCUCCACGUCCUGGACCUGGAGUUCGGCCUCAGGGAGCCCUUGCCAGACCCGGCCUUGGUCGCCAAGGUGCUGCAGAAAUACCGUGCGGAGCUGGGCCGGGCGCCCGGCUGGCGGGAGGACUGCCGCUGCCUCCUGACCUUCACCGUAGACCCUCGGGGCGCCCGCAGCCUGGAUGACGCCCUCAGCGUCCGGGACCUGGGCCCCCGGUACGAGGUGGCCGUGCACAUCGCCGAUGUGGCCAGCGUUUUGCCCCGGGACGGGGCGCUGGAUGUGGAGGCCCGCAGGCAGGGGACUGCCUUCUACGCCCCUGACCGGGAGCCAGUGCCCAUGCUGCCGGCCCGCCUCUCCCAGGAUGCAUUCAGCCUCCUGCCAGGCCAGGACCGCUUAGCCAUCUCCCUCUUCCUCACCGUGGAGAAGGGCAGCGACCAGCUCCGGAGUCGGCGAUUUGCGCCCUCCGUGAUCCGCUCCGACCGCCAGCUGUCCUACGAGGAGGCUGAGCAGGUCAUCAAGGGGCACCCGGGUGCGGGCCUGGAGCUCCCGGCCCGCCUGGACUCAGUGGAGGCCUGCGUGGCUGCCGCGUGCCACCUCUCCCGGGCAUUGCGCCGACGCCGCCUGCAGGCUGACCGCCACUACGAGCAGCUGGAUGAGGACAGCACGCUGGGCUUCCGUGUGGCCCAUGUCAUGGUCAAGGAGUACAUGAUCCAGUUCAACAGCCUGGCAGCCGACUUCCUGGUGGGCAGCGAGCGCACGCGGACGGUCACACCACUGCGGUGGCAGCCCACGCCCAGCAGCCGCCAGCUUGAAGCCGUGCGCGAGAAGCACAGGGGGCUGGUGCCCCUGUCGCUGCACCUCCGCCACCACCUCCAGGGCCGCGGCCCCUCCGACACGCAGCUGCACGUCCUGACCUCCCUCUGGAGGCAUGUCCAGCUUGCAGCCCACGCCCAGGACUUCGACAGGCUGGUGGACCUCGUCACCACAGACGACAUAUACCCCUCGCUGGCCCCGGCGGGCCUCGACUUGCGCCGGGCCCUGGGCCGCUCUGUCUUUGGCCGCUCCAGCCAGGGCGAACAGCAGUCGGCUGGCCACUACUCGCUGCAGGUGGACUGGUACACGUGGGUGACCUCGCCCAUCCGCAGGUACCUGGAUGUGGUGCUGCAGCGGCAGAUCCUGCUGGCACUGGGCCAGGGGGGCGCCACCUACUCUGCCAGGGACAUCGACGGGCUCUGCCAGGAUUUCAGCCACCAGCACGUGAGCGCCCAGAGGUACCAGCGCCGAGCCCGCAGCCUGCACCUGGCCGCGCGGCUCAAGGCCCAGCCCCAGGACAAGCUGGGCUUCGUGGUGGAUGUGGAGGCAGGCGCCCGCUGCUUCAAGCUGCUCUUCCCCGCCAACCACGAGACCCUGCCUGACCCCUGCCCCAUCUACUACCGCUCCCUGCAGCUGGCUGAGCACCCCCACAACUCGCCGGGCCGGCCAGGCCUGCGGCUUUCGUGGCGGCGCCGCAUCUACCCGGUGCAGGUGAACGGGCCGUGCCCCCCACUGCCUGGCGCCCUGCUCGACAUGCAUACCCGGCCCGUCGACGCUGCGCUGUGGCAGCAGCUGCUAGAGCUGCUGGAGGAGGAGCGGUGGCCUGAGGCGGCCGCCCUGGUGCAGGCGCGGGGUGCUGCAGAGCCCCGGCCACGGGAGCUGGGGCGGGUGUGGCGGAGCCGCUGCGGCCACUUCGUGGAGGUGGCCCGGGAGCUGACCAGCGGGGACACGCUGCAGGUGCAGCUCGGCGCCACCCUGCAGCGAGGGCUGCUGGCACCAGCUCUGCAGCUGUGGACGGUGGCGCCUGGCCUCAGCCUCUGCCUAGAGCACGCGGAGCGGCCAGGCGACUGCUUCUCGGGCCACGUGCCCCAGGCAGGGCGGGACCGGUGCCAUGACGUGGACGAGUACUCCCGCGUGUGGGAGCCGUUCUGCUCCCUGGAGUCGGCCACCAGCGCGGUUGCCGAGAACGACUCCAUCACGCUGCAGCACGUGGGCGUAUCCUGGGCCGAGGAGCGGACACCGCAGGGGCAGCUGCAGGGCACCUUCCGCCUGGAGGCCGCCUUCCUCCGGGAGCACUGCAUCGACAUCAGCCUCAGCCACUGCUACCUCUGCAUCCGGCUCGAGGGGCUGCCGGCCGUGCCCAACGCAGGGGGCCUGCAGCCCUCGGCCAGCCCUGGCCAGCCUCCCCCGGCCACCCCACCCUGUGGGCCCAGCAACCUCGGCCCCCUCCUGAGCAUCGACCCUGACACCUACACCUGGGUGGCCCACGGGCUGACAGAGGACUGGGACCCAAAGGAGGGCAAGGCAGACCGCCAGGAGGCCCCCAAGCAGGUGCACUUCUUCAUCCACCACACAGCCAUGGAGAAGGUUCCAGAAGAGGUGCUGAGGCCUGGCACCCGAUUCACCAUUGAGAUGCUGCCCAAGCAGCUUCCUGACCUCCGCAAGGAAGAAGCUGUGCGUGAGCUGAAGGACGCGUCCCCGCUGGCCAUCAGCAUCGCCCUAGGCCAGCCCAUCCCCCUGCCCCGCCCCCCUCCUUGCCAGCAGCCCCUCAGAAGAGGUAGGUGGGGGCCCUCCCGCUCCCCCCCCCGCCUUCAUCCUGCCCCAGCCCCGCCCUGCACUGGUGCUCAGGGAGGCCUGGCCCCUUCCUCAGGGACCCCCCACCGGUUCCUGGAGCGGCAGACCUUCGACAUCCCCGGAAGCCGCCACAAGCUGAACCCCAGCCAGAAUGGGGCCGUCAGGGAGGCUCUGAAGAAGCAGUUCACAGUCAUCCAGGGCCCACCAGGCACGGGGAAGACGGUGGUGGCUCUCCACAUUGUGUUCUGGCUUCACAAGGCAAAUGAGGAGCAGGCGCCAGCCUGUGGUGGGGAGAAGCGGCUGGGGGGCCCCUGCAUCCUGUACUGCGGCCCCUCCAACAAGUCGGUGGACGUCCUGGCAGGGAUGCUCCUGAGCAGGAAAGAAGAGCUGCAGCCCCUUCGCGUGUACGGCGAGCAGGCCGAGGCCACCGAGUUCCCAGUGCCGGGUGUGGGCAGCAGGGGUCCACCUAAGAAUACCCCUCGGGAGGGGAGGCCGAACCAGACUCUCAGGAGCAUCACCCUGCACCACCGGAUCCGGCAGCCUUCCAACCCCUAUGCCCCAGACCUCAAGGCGUUCGACGCCCGGCUGCAGAAAGGGGAACUGUUCUCCAAGGACGACCUCAGUUGGUACAGGAGGGUCCUGGGCAAGGCGAGGAGGUUCGAGCUGGACCGGCACAGGGUCAUCCUGUGCACGUGCUCCUGUGCAGCUUCGGUCGCCCUCAAGAGCCUGGACGUCCGGCAGAUCCUCGUGGACGAGGCGGGCAUGGCCACAGAGCCCGAGACCCUCAUCCCCCUGGUGAACUUCUUGACGGCUGAGAAGGUGGUUCUUCUUGGGGACCAUAAACAGCUGCGGCCUGUGGUCAAGAAUGAGCAGCUGCAGAACCUGGGUCUGGACCGGUCUCUCUUCGAGAGGUACCACAGAGAUGCCUACAUGCUGGAUACGCAGUACCGCAUGCACAAGGACAUCUGUACCUUCCCCUCCAUGGAGUUCUACAAGAGCAAGCUGAAGACCUGGCAGGGCCUGAGGAGGUCGCCCAGCAUCCUGGGCCAUGCCGGCAAGGAGAGCUGCUCUGUCAUCUUUGGCCACAUGCAGGGCCAUGAGCAGAGCCUGCUGGUGUCCACGGACGAAGGGAAUGAGAACUCCAAGGCCAACCAGGAGGAGGUGGCAGAGGUGGUUCGCAUCGCCAAACAGCUGACCUUGGGCAGGACAGUGGAACCCAAGGACAUCGCCAUCCUCACGCCCUACAAUGCACAGGCCACAGAGAUCAGCAAGAGCCUCGUGCAAGAGGGCAUCACGGGAGUGACCGUGUGCUCCAUCACCAAGAGCCAGGGGAGCGAGUGGCGCUAUGUGCUGGUGAGCACCGUCCGCACGUGCCCAGAGAGUGACCUGGACCAGCGGCCGACUAAGGGCUGGCUUAAGAAGUUCCUGGGCUUCGUGGUGGACCCCAACCAAGUGAAUGUAGCCAUCACCCGGGCCCAGGAGGGCCUCUGCAUCAUCGGAGACCACCUCCUUCUGCAGUGCUGCCCUCUCUGGCGUCGACUCCUGGACUUCUGUGAGGCCCAGCAGAGCCUUGUGCCCGCCGGCCAGGUGCGGGUCCGGAGGAGACCAGCCAUGUCCUUCUGAAGAUCCCUACCUGCCUGCUGCCCUCAAGCUGCCAGGAUUGUGAAGAAACGCCCCAGGCCCUCCUGGGCUGGCCAGCCUGGUGGGCCCCACUCAGCGGAAUCCCAUGUGCCUUAGUGGUCACUGCCAGCCACCAUCUGGCCACCUGCGCCUGGCUGCCUGGGCAGGGGUCUCGGCGGCCGGCCGUGGUGGUGCACAAUAACCAAGUUCCUGAGUCCUGGCUUCUCCCCAGGGGGGAGCAGGCCAGGCAGCACCCUGCCGUUGUACAUAACCUUGGAGGAGACCCCACGCUCCCUGCUGAGCUGAUUUUGCUGGGACACUUGGUGACAGGGAGCAUUUUAGGGGUGGGGGCAUCCUCUGGACCAGCACAACACCUUCCCUGGGAAGGUUUGGGGUCAGGAAGGAAAUCCCCUUGGGGCUACUCGUUGGUCUUUGCAUACCAUCCCCAACUGCAGUGGGUUUGGUCAGGAAUUCAGCUUUAUUUUCUAUUUUUAAAUAAACCAAAAACCAGUGUCUUUUUUACUGGAACAAGGUCCUCAGCCCAAACUCAGGGCAAAGAGGCCUCCCUGGGAGAGAGCCUUUUCUCUGUCACCACUGCCCCGUCUAACUGGGACCCACAGCCUGUGUCCUUCAGGGACCACUGCCCCGGCAGGGGAAGGGCAGACCCGAAGCAGAGGCCCACCAGCCUUGCCUGGACCUGCCCCUCCGGAACGUGCUGGGUGGUGCAGUACUCCUGCGGGCGUGUGGGUGGGGGCCCCUGGACGGCGUCUGUGCUUCCACCCUGAGCUCUGCAUCUGCCUUGUUCACUCAGGCCUGCUCCCAGGUCAGGGCCUUUGGAACACCCUGCCCAGGCGUGUCUUUCUUUGCAGGGUUGAGGACCUUCACCUGCCCCUCAGGGCGCAUUUGUGUCCUACCGUCUCUGGAAACCUGUCCCCUCGAUGUCUGUCCCCACCCCACCUACCCUGAGGCAGCUCUGACUCUGGAAAACAGAGCCCUUGACUCAGUGCCAUUCCACUGUCCUUGUGGCUUUGAGUUGCUGCAAAGAAGUCGUUAACGCCAGGAGGGGCUUGCCCCACCUGUGGCCCCCUCUGUGAGGGGUGAGGGGGUGUCUAUGUAUCUGUCUGAUUCUGAUGUUUUCUACAAAUCAAAUUUCUACAUUCCAAUUUUUGUAUCUUUUCUUGGACUAUGUUAUAUGAUCGAAUAUUAAUUUUAUUAUAAAGACCACUCUGAAUGCUUUUCUCA